AAACACUGGAGCAAACUCACUCAAGCCACCCCCCUCACUCUGAUCUCAACCCCACGCAAAGUAGCAACCAACACUGCCAGAGCCAGGCAUCUCAAGCUAGCACAAUGAAGCUUCACACCACCACCACCAUGGCUCUCUUCCUCUUCCUCCUCUUAGCCUCCUCAUUCCUCCAAGUCUCCGUGGCCGGAUCAGAGUUCUGCGACAGCAAGUGCAGCUUCAGGUGCUCCAAGGCGAGCCGGCACGACGACUGCCUCAAGUACUGCGGGAUAUGCUGCGCCGAGUGCAACUGCGUGCCGUCUGGGACGUCCGGGAACAAGGACGAGUGCCCCUGCUACCGCGACAAGACCACCGGGAAAGGCAGCCGCAAGAGGUCCAAGUGCCCAUGAUCAUCCAUCCAAAGCCAUGAUUUCAACAACUGAACCGCCUCAUGUAAUGUUUGCUGAAGGAACAUAUAAAGAUCCUUAUAUCUGCAUGUAAACCAUGACCGGCCAUGCAAAGCAUAUGGUGUAUGUAUAAUGUACAUGGUCGGAUAUGCCGAUAUGUACAAUGCUGUGCUCUGUUAAUGCACGGUAGUUCAUUAAGUGUACGUUUGGGACGCGUCAUUAAGUUCAUUAAGCAUAUGGUGUAAUGAACUACCGUGCAUUAACAGAGCUUGUUUGCUGGCCCAAAUAUUGUGCAGUAAUUUUCUCAUGUUUAUUUA